AUGUUGAACAUCACAACACUUUCUCUCAUGCUUCAUCAGCAAUGGUCGAUCGAUAAAUUCCUUCGAAUAUUCAUUCUAAGUGUUAUUAUUUGUCUUACAGUGAUAGGAAAUCUUUAUAUUGUUUUGUUGUUAUCAUUUCGUCGACGGCGUACUCGGUUACAUCUAUUCAUAUUGAAUUUAGCGUUUGGAGAUUUAGCAAUCUGUUGUUGCACGAUGACAUCUGAAUUAUUUCUAUUAAUUUAUGAUCAAGAAUGGAUUCUAGGUAAUAUUGCAUGUAAAUUAACGUUAUAUAUUCAAGUUGUGACAAUUGCAUCAACGACGUUCAUAAAUGUUGCCAUGACCUAUGAUCGAUAUGAAGCUAUCUGCUGUCCAUUAAGGAUUCUUGCAACAUUUGGUCGUAUAUACAGAACUAUUCUCUUGUGUUGGAUCGCUUCAUUCAUCAUUGCUAUACCUCAAUUAUUUAUUUUCGAACAAAGUCUCUCUCUCACCAGUCCAACAAAAUAUCGUUGUGCGAGUACUGGUUAUACUGCCGAAUGGCAACGUCGUGUUUACUUUGCUAUUUUCGCUCUUUAUGUUUUAAUCUUGCCUGUGAUCUGCAUGACGUAUUGGUACAUUCGAAUCAUACGCACAGUGAAUGCAUCAUCGAAAGUAUGGACAAAAAGCUUGCGCGCUCAAUCACCGCCAACGACGUAUAUUCUCUCCCCAUCAUCAAAGAAGGUCAGAACAGUGAAAUUAGCGCUUACAAUCAUCAUCGCUUUUGUUGUUUGUUGGACGCCGUACAUGGUUCUAACGUUGAUCGAAAUCUAUUCCAAUGGUCGUUUUCGUAUUCCAUCAUGGUGUGAUGGAGUUCUGCAAACUAUAUGUUUAGUUCAAAGCAGUUUCAAUCCGUUUAUUUACUUAGGAUUCAAUCAAAGAAAAAGAUCUUCGAUAACGCUGAUACUCGCGGCUGCUUCGACGCAUUCGCAAAGAAGCAAAAUAAAGAUUCAUGGCAAACUUCGUCAACGAGGUGGUUCAAUCUCGCUAGAUUCAUGGACAAAACCAUUCUCACGAAACAACACUUUGAAUUCAUUAAAAAUAGAUCACGAUCAGAGCAGUUCUUCUCGAAAUCAAAAUUAUGAUUGA